AUGCAACAAUGCUGCCCCUCAACCAGGAGUCUGACUGCAGAGGCCAGUUCCUGCGGAAGAGGGGAACUGAGGCUGAGGGAGGGCUCGCCUCCCAGGGGAGGGUCCCCUAGGAUGAUUAUUUCCUCUUGGGCUGUGUAUAUCUUGAUGUGUAAAUCGGUUGGCCGUCGGUUCCCACCCAGCAGCGUGCAGGACAUUAAAGUUGUGGAGACCGAGAUGCUGUCCGUGCUAGAGCACUGGCUGAGGAAGAUUGAAGAAGAAGCUUCCAAGAUCUUUAAGCAGAAACUGGAAAACAAGGCAGAAACCAAAGCAGAAACCAAAGUGACCCUUUCUGCUGGCCAAGAUUCAGGAAUGAUAAAGUCACAGACUGUUCAAGUCUCUAGCACGAAACUGCCAGUGUCAUCAUCUAGCCACGGUCUUCUGGAGGAGAGGACAAAGAUCCAGUUCAUAAGAUGGAGUCACACCCGGGUCUAUCGAGUAUCGAGUGACAUCAGGAAUGAAGCCAUGCGGGAGAGGCUGGAACAAGUGCGAAACAGCGUGUCCCAGGUCAUGCUUCAAGCAAUGCAGAACAACAGGUCGAACACUGAUAUCCGAGCCACCCUUUCGAGCUAA